AUGUCCGCGCCCACGGCACCGCAGCCGGUGAAGCUCUCCCUGCCCUUGGAAUACCAGCAAAGCCUCUUCCAGGAGCUCAGGGCCGAGGAUGAGCUCGUCGUGAUCGCCCGGGGCCUGGGCCUCAUGCGCCUCGUCACGAACCUCCUCCACUCGUACGAUGCCGCCGGGAACAAUCUGAUCAUCGUGCUCAACGCCGAGGACCGUGAGAAUGGCUGGAUCGGCGAGGCGCUCGCGGAGCAUGCCGCCAUCAGCAUGUCGCCCAAGGCCCGGGGCCUGACCGUCGUCAACACAGACUUCACGAGCGUCGCCGCUCGGGAGAAGAUGUACGCGCACGGCGGCAUCUUCAGCAUCACCUCGCGCAUCCUGGUGGUCGACCUGUUGACCAGCCUUCUCGAUCCGGAGAGCAUCACAGGCAUCGUCGUGCUGCAUGCCGACCGAAUCAUUGCCACGUCCCUCGAGGCGUUCAUCCUCCGGAUUUACCGGCAGAAGAACAAAGUCGGCUUCCUCAAGGCUUUCUCGGACAACCCUGACCCCUUCACUACCGGCUUCAACCCUCUCGCCACCAUGAUGCGCAACCUGUUCUUGCGCAAGGCGUCCCUUUGGCCGCGCUUCCACAUCUCGGUCGCCAAGUCGCUCGAGGGCAAGAAGAAAGCCGAGGUGAUCGAGCUCGAGGUUCCCAUGACCGAUGCCAUGAAGCAAAUACAAAAUGCCAUUCUCGAGUGCGUCGAGGUCAGCAUCCACGAGCUCAAGAAGGGGAACACGGGCCUCGAGAUGGAUGACUGGAACCUCGACAGUGCCCUGCUCAAGAACUUCGACGUCAUCGUGCGAAGACAGCUGGACCCCAACUGGCACAGGGUCAGCUGGAAGACGAAACAGAUAGUGGGAGACCUCACAGUGCUUCGGGGCAUGUUGCAGUCGAUUGUUGCUUUCGACGCCGUCUCAUUCCUGCAACACCUAGACACCAUUCACGCAGCGCACUCGCCUCCGCCAGGGUCUACUCGACAGAACCAGUCGCCCUGGCUAUUCCUGGACGCGGCCCAGACCAUAUUUGACACAGCAAAACGAAGGGUCUACACGGGGAAGCAAAAGACUGGGCCGGACGCAUCCAUCGACUCUCUCCACCCCGUGCUGGAAGAGCAGCCAAAGUGGGCCGUUCUCGCCGAAGUUCUAGAGGAGAUCGAUCGCGACCUCUACUUUGAUCCGAUGCCGCGAGAUGACUCCAACGGGACCAUCCUCAUCAUGUGCGGAGACACAGACACCUGCCGUCAGCUGAGAGACUACCUGCAGACGAUGCACGUGCGGCCGCAGGCGGAGAAGAAGAUCGAGGCCGUCUUUGACGAGGAGGAGGUCAAGGCGUCGGCAGCGUUCAUGAUGCGGCGAAAGCUACGGAACUACCUCAAGUGGAAACGAGAGUUCGCCCACGCCAGCGCCACCCUCUUUGCCGAGAACCAAAAGGCUCUCAACAACGCCGUGGAUCCCCGGACAGGGCAGAGCAGGAAUAGCCGAGCGCCGGCUAACAAACGGAGGCGGGUGCGCGGGGGCGGCAGUGUGGGCCUCAUGGCAGGGCGGGCGGAGAACGGGUCGAUCGCUCAGUAUUUCGAGAAGCCCGGCGAGGUCGCGGACCUCAUGGCCGAGGUCCGGCUCACGGAGGAAGAGGCGAAGCAAAAGGCGGACGUCAUAGCCACGGCGGACCCGCUCGAAGACAUGGACGACUACUACGAGCUGUUCGAGAUGCAGGACCUGGUGGCCAUACACGCCUACGACGGAGACCAGGACGAGCACGUGCUCGAGGAGGUGAAGCCGCGCUACGUCAUCAUGUACGAGCCGGACGCCUCGUUUAUCAGACGGGUGGAGGUCUACCGGUCGUCGCACAGCGACAGGAACGUGCGGGCGUACUUUAUGUACUACGGCGGCUCCGUCGAGGAGCAGCGGUACCUGUCCGGGGUGCGCAGGGAGAAGGACGCCUUCACCAAGCUGAUCAAGGAGCGCGCGGGCAUGAGCGUCGUCAUGACGACGGACGCGCACGGCGCCGAGGACCCGCAGGAGCAGUUCCUGCGGACCAUCAACACGCGCAUCGCGGGCGGGGGCCGGCUCGCGGCGACGGCGCAGCCCCCGCGCGUCGUGGUCGACGUGCGCGAGUUCCGGUCCUCCCUGCCGAGCCUGCUGCACGGCAAGUCGAUGGCCAUCGUCCCUUGCAUGCUGACGGUGGGCGACUACAUCCUCUCGCCCAGCGUCUGCGUGGAGCGCAAGUCGGUCUCGGACCUCAUCUCGUCCUUCCGCGACGGGCGCCUCUACGCGCAGGCCGAGGCCAUGUUCCAGCACUACCGCAGCCCGAUGCUGCUCAUCGAGUUCGACCAGAACAAGUCGUUCACCCUGGAGCCCUUUGCCGACCUGUCGGGCAGCCUCAGCAGCGUGGCGCCGACCAACACGUCGUCGGACCUGCAGUCCAAGAUCGUGCUGCUGACGCUGGCGUUCCCCCGGCUGCGCAUCAUCUGGUCGUCGUCCCCCUACGAGACGGCCGAGAUCUUUGAGCGGCUCAAGGCGCAGGAGGAGGAGCCGGACCCGAUCGCGGCGGUGCGGGCCGGGCUGGACAAGGACGCGAGGGCCGACGACCAGCCGUUCAACACGGAGCCGCAGGAGAUGCUGGGCGUCGUACCCGGCGUGACGUCCAAGAACAUCAAGAGUCUGAUCCUGGAGACGGAGAACAUCAAGGAGGUGGCCAACAUGGACCCGGCCGAGCUGGAGCCGCUCGUUGGCAAGGAGGCGGGCCGGCAGAUCCACGCCUUCUUCAAGAAGGAUGUUAUCGAGGAUGAAGAUUAG